AUGGAGUCACUCAGCACAACCACACUGCGCGAUGCCCUCGUGCGACAGAAGCCGUUUGUGCCUUGCACAUCCAGACGCACGGGCAACACGAAAUACAUACCGUGGCCGAAACCCCAAAUCCGGGUGUGGUCCGAGUUCAACAUCCAGACGCUCAACGACAGCUAUGGUCAUGUUCUAGAUACGGCCCUCCCACGUUACCUCGUGGACAAUCUCACAAUGCCUGCCGACUUUUUCAAGAACUUGACUGUUUCCGACGAUAAAGCUCCCCUGCAUUUCAUUGGCUGGAACGAUGCGACCGUCAUGCCUCUCGUCAAGUGGUCCAUGCAACACAUGGGCCUGCACACCGGCACGGCAUUGUUCCACCGGUAUACGGACGCACGGGGCACCACGGUGGCCAAACUGCCACAAGCGCCAAACAAGUUGACAGUGGACCAUCUUGUGUACCUCCAAAAUCCGCAUCGGGAUACCCUCGUCGUGGGUCUCGGGCGGACGAGCACGAAAUGGCGCAGCGUGGCGGCCAUGCGCAAUCCUGGCGACGCCAGAGGCGAGAAUACUUGGCCAAUCCGGCAGCUGGCCAAUUUGUGUGCGCAGUCGGGCACGCGGUACGGCUACAUUCAGACGGACGAGGAGCUGGCGGUCUGUUGUUUCGGCGCCAAACCUCCGACAAGCGACAAAGCGGACACUGGAGCGCGGUGGCAGGAACCACAUAAUAAGUGGGACGACUGGUCGGUGUCCUUGAUGGUCGUGCCAUGGAAUACGGAGCUAUGUGGGAGUGGCGAUGCCAGUGGCGGUGGAGCUCGCCGCAUCCUCACGACCGAGCUGGCGCCGUGGUGGCUCUGCAUGCUGGCGUUGAGCGACGGGCAUCGGCCCCUGGUCGAGACGAAGGAAAUCGUGGCAAUUGAUUCAUGGGAGCGAGUGUACCUGCACAAGGAGUGCCGAUGGGUGCGGCGACAUCGCUACUCCUCCUGGGAAGUGCCCGCGGAUCCACCGCCGCCUUCGGCUUAUGAGACCCCGGAGCCAGGCAACGCAGCCACGUUGGCGGCAGAUGUGGGUGCCAACGGACAGAAUUGGUUCGAUCUUAUUGACCCUGCGACAAUUGACCUUACCGGUGCCAACUUUGACGGGAUGUGGCCGGUGUAG